CUUAAAUUUUGAAAUAUGAUUAAUUCUACUCAAAAUUUUAUAAUGCGCUGUUUCAGAAAAUGGCCGUUCAAAUCAACUAAUCUAUAUCAAAAUAAACCAUGACCAAUCUUGAUUCUAUCAGUUCUGAAGUGCCCGAUUCUAGGGUUAUUGAGACCGUAUUGCAUGUUUUCAGAUUUGGGAGGCUUAUCCUUGGGUUUUUGAGACUUUUCGAACCUAUUUCAAGUUUUCAACUUGAUCUGGAAUUCCGAAUUGAAAUGGAGUCUGCGGCUUGGGAAGAAGUAGAAGAAGAGUGGGAGCUGUGCAAUGACGGCGAUUUCGUUUACAAGAGGAAGAAGAGAAGGCAAGACUUGAGCGCCGCUGCUGCUGCUGCCGCUGCCGCUGCCGCUGCCGCAACACCGACAUCGGAUCCGGAGGCAGAGCAGAGGCAGCUUAGGGAGCGGAGGAAGAGGGUGCUACUAAAGUUGAAGGAUCAGUACCAGAGUGAGAUCGAUCAAUGGCAACGUAUGUCCAACAAGCUUCAGGCCAUGGAUAAUCGGGCCCAGCCCCAAUCAUCUCCUUCUCCUUCAUCGUCGUCCUCCAUGGAGUCCGUUAAGCCACCGUUCCCAGAGUUGGAUUCCACUUGCCGCCAAUUAAUCGACGACCUAGUCUCAAAGGCGGAAGCGCAGGAAGCCAUUCUUCAGGAUCUUUCAAACCUUUGUGAGACGGUGGAAACCUUGUGUAACGCGCAAGAGGAACACCUAAAGCAGCCCUUCAUCGACCUCCCAGUGUGGGCCACCCCUGGUGCCCUCAAGACUUCUCUCUCUGAUGACUGAUUUUGCCUUUGUUUCUUCUUCUUCUUCUUUUGCCGCCUUCUUCUUCUUCUUCUAGUGAAGAAAGCUCAAAAUGAUUUCUGUACUGAUAUGGUUUCGUUAAUCAGGUUAUCUAGUUUUUGUAAA